AUGAAAAAUAAAGAAGAUAUCUUAAGAAACUCAAUUAUCAAGUCAGAAAUUGAAUUGUCUCUUAAUAAGACGAGAAAACUUGUUGCAUCAUGGGUUAGUGGAUCAGAAGGAGAAUUGAGUUAUAAAGGGGAGAAUGAGGAGGAAAAUGAAAGAAAGGAGGCAAGUUUCAGGCAUUUUUUUGGUAUUAAAAUGACGAAAAUUGGAAAAGAUUGGGAGAAAACAGCAUUAAAGAAGAAGCUGUUAUUAUUUAAGAACAAAGUAGAAGAAGAUAGAGAAAAAAAAGAGGAGAUAAAUGAAGAUAGUGAUGAACUUGAAAGAAAAACACUAACACAUGAUAAUAGUCCAUAUAUUAAAGAUCUUAAUUUUGAAAUAUAUCAUGAAUUAACACCAGAAAUUGCACCAAUAUUAAGAGGUUAUGUAAAAUAUAAUUUUGAGAAGGAAACAGCUAUCUAUAAUUAUAAUGAAACACUUUUUUCAUUUGCAGCAACAUGGAAUUAUAUAGAUAAAGGAUUUUAUAGAGUAGGAGUCUUUAAUUCCAAAAAAAAGCUUAAAAAUGGGUUUAUUCCAUGGAAUCAUUUAAGAAAACUAUUAGAACAAGACAAAGAUCUUCAUGAAGAAAUAAUUAUUUAUUUGGAUAAUUCUAAUGACAUAUGGCAUGUAGACUAUACAUUGAAUAUUUUAGAAAAAAAAAAGAAUCAAAUUCCAGAAAUCACUACAAGCUCAAGAAUAGUUUUUCCAUUAUCUGAAAAUGGAGUAAUGCCUGUAUUUAAUAAACCUAUUGCUCUAGAUCCAGAUGGAAAACCUAUAGAAAAUAAAGAAAAAACAUUUUUUCAAAAAUAUUGGAUGUAUAUAGUGCCAUUUAUAUUAUUUUUGCUUUUAAAAAACAGGAAUGUAGAAUAA